GGCGGAUCGUGGCCAUCAGGUACCCUGGCGAGGACCUCUGGCAUGAGAGAGUUGUGAUGGGCCCUGGGCUUCGCGAUGCUGCGGGGGUCGUCACCAAGUGGUGGAUCCUGACACCAGAUGGGGAUUUCUAUGAGGAGGACAUCUCCAUGGAGGCGGGCGAGGGCGAGAGGCUGGUUAUGCUCGACUUGGUUGGCUCCUGUCCUCGCGCCUUGCGCGGCAGGUUCUAUAGGUUUGCAGGCGACGGUUAUCCCUGCGAUGACCGUGUCCGCCGCGAAGCCCAGCAGGCCGUAGCUAGGAUGCGGUCCGCGGGACAGGAGCUUCCUGCCUUGCUGCACUUCGUGACCGAGGCGGCGCCGCCUGGCGGUGAUGUCAGUCCAGGCGCGGGCGGGGCCGUGGCGCCCUACCUGGCCGUGCUGCCCGAGCGCCCAGCCCUCCAUGAGGGUUUGGUCUGGCUGGUGACCGAGAACGCCGAUGGCCACGAGACGCUGGGCAUGGAGGUCACCCUUCGCGCUGGCGACGUGACCGUCACGACGACGGACGGCCUGGUCUACAGGCACGGCAGCUUCCUCUAUGCCCAGGCGGUCCCGCACCGCGACUGCGUGGAGGUCGUGAGGGCGCUGGGGGCACGGUGCGAGGGGCUCUCUGGCGCUGCUGGGCCCGCCGCCCUGGCUGCUCCGCGCGCUGCUGAGCUGGCCCCUUCGGACGAAGACGUCCGAACGCUGUGGGUCGACUACGACGAGGCGGGAGAGAGGUGCAAGAACUGGAAGAAGGCGGCGCAGGAGAGCAGGGAGGAGCCCAUCUACGCAGUGGAGGUGCAGGGCCCACCAGGCACGCUUCACCUUGCCCGCCAUGUCGACGGUGAUCCGCGGCGCUGGUGGCAGGAGUUCUCGCGCAGCAAUAGCAUCUCCAAGACGGGUCGCGUCUACCAUGAGAUGACUACGUUGACGGAAAGCUUCAAGUUAUUCGGCGAGUGCGACCAGCUGAACUUGGGCGCGUCUGCGGGCAUAGAGAAGAUGGCGCGGCGCAUGCUGGGUGUGAUAGACGCCUACUCCAUGGGCGGCGGGGUGCCGUCCUGGCGCGCGGCCGCCGUGUACGAGGGCGAGGCGAGCUACGGCGACGCCAUUGCCCCCGCCCUGCGGAAGUGGGGAGUGGACAAGCUGAAGGACAGGGCGAAGAUCGAGA